GCCUGGCGGCCGGGCAGGGGCGCCAUGGCGGCGGCCGAGACGAAGAUCAUUUACCACCUGGACGAGCAGGAGACGCCGUACCUGGUGAAGCUGCCGAUCCCGGCCGAGCGCGUCACCCUCGGCGACUUCAAGGGCCUCCUCAACCGCCCCAACUACAAGUUCUACUUCAAGUCCAUGGACGACGACUUCGGGGUGGUGAAAGAAGAGAUCUCGGAUGACAAUGCCAAGCUUCCCUGCUUCAACGGCCGGGUGGUGUCAUGGCUGGUGUCUGCAGAGGGUUCCCAUUCAGAUGCUGGCUCGGUCUGUGCCGAUAACCAAACAGAGCUGCCACCGUCCAUGGAGCGCACAGGAGGAAUUGGAGACUCCAGGCCCCCCUCUUUCCACCCUAACACUGGGGGGAGCCGGGAAAACUUGGACAAUGAGACAGAGACAGACUCAGUGGUGUCGUCGCAAAGGGAACGACCUCGUCGGAAAGAUGGGCCUGAGCAUGCACCCAGGGUGAAUGGUACAGUGAAGGGAGAACGGCGCCGAGACCUGGGCGGGUACGAGAGCUCCUCCACGCUCAUGAGCAGUGAGCUGGAGACCACCAGCUUCUUCGAUUCAGAUGAAGAUGACUCCACCAGCAGGUUUAGCAGUUCAACAGAGCAAAGCAGUGCUUCCCGUCUAAUGAGGAGGCACAAGCGACGCCGGCGGAAACAGAAGGCUCCACGCAUUGAGCGGUCAUCGUCCUUCAGCAGCAUCACAGACUCCACCAUGUCCCUGAAUAUCAUCACAGUCACGCUGAACAUGGAGAAAUACAACUUCCUGGGCAUUUCUAUUGUGGGACAGAGCAAUGAGCGUGGGGAUGGAGGCAUUUACAUUGGCUCUAUUAUGAAGGGCGGCGCUGUGGCAGCUGAUGGCAGGAUUGAGCCAGGAGACAUGCUCUUGCAGGUAAAUGACAUCAACUUUGAGAACAUGAGCAACGAUGAUGCUGUGCGGGUGCUGAGGGAGAUUGUGCACAAGCCGGGGCCCAUCACCCUGACGGUGGCUAAGUGCUGGGACCCAAGCCCCCGGGGCUGCUUCUCGUUACCCAGGAUUGCUCCCCAGCGGAUCUGGGCUGGGCCAGACUCUCCAUGCUCCGAUCCGGGUGAGCCCAUCCGGCCCAUCGACCCGGCAGCCUGGGUGUCUCACACGGCAGCGAUGACUGGCACCUACCCAGCGUACGGUAUGAGUCCAUCCAUGAGCACAAUCACUUCCACCAGCUCCUCCAUCACCAGCUCCAUCCCAGAGACUGAACGCCUCGAUGACUUUCACCUGUCCAUCCACAGUGACAUGGCCACCAUUGUCAAAGCCAUGGCCUCACCAGAGUCAGGCCUGGAGGUGCGUGACCGCAUGUGGCUGAAGAUCACCAUCCCCAAUGCCUUCAUUGGUUCGGAUGUGGUGGAUUGGCUCUAUCACCAUGUGGAGGGCUUUACAGACCGUCGUGAAUCCCGCAAAUAUGCCAGCAAUCUGCUGAAGGCUGGCUACAUCCGACAUACCGUGAACAAGAUCACCUUCUCGGAGCAGUGCUAUUACAUCUUCGGGGACCUCUGUGGAAACAUGGCUAAUCUGUCUCUUCAUGAUCACGAUGGCUCCAGCGGUGCCUCCGAUCAGGACACUUUGGCUCCGCUCCCCCACCCAGGAGCCGCACCCUGGCCUAUGGCUUUCCCGUAUCAGUAUCCACCGCCUCAUCCAUACAACCCCCACCCCGGCUUCCCUGACCCAGGCUACAGCUAUGGAGGGGGCAGUGCAGGCAGCCAGCACAGUGAAGGGAGCCGGAGCAGCGGUUCCAAUCGCAGCGGCAGCGAGAGGAGGAAGGAGAGAGAGAAGACCGGGGAGUCCAAGUCAGGCGGCAGCGGGAGCGAGUCGGACCACACCACGAGGAGCAGCAUGCGGCGUGAGCGCGCGGCCAGCGAGCGCUCGGUGCCGGCCAGCCAGCACAGCCAGCGUAGCCAGCACUCUCUGGCUCACAGCAUCCGCAGCCACCACAGCCAGCAGUCGUACGGGCCGCCCGGCCUCCCCCCUCUCUUCAGCCCCCCCAUGUUGCUGAUGCCUCCACCGCCUUCAGCCAUGGGGCCCCCUGGGGCGCCGCCGGGCCGUGACCUGGCCUCUGUGCCCCCCGAACUGACAGCCAGUAGACAGUCCUUCCGAAUGGCCAUGGGCAACCCCAGUGAGUUCUUUGUGGAUGUAAUGUGAAGCGCCCGUCCCCUGUCUGUCUGCUGCCCCUCCUUCCCCCCUCCAUCCCCGUCGUUUGUCUCCUAGGACCAGCCCUGGCUUCACCCCUUGUUUUUUGGGUUUUAUUUUUUUGGUUUGGUUUUUUUUUUUUUUUUUGGUCUUGAUAACGAAAAGAAAAAAAGGGAAAAAAAAUAAUAAAUGGAACUAAACCUCGA